AUGUCUGUGGCACGGACGCUGCUGUGCACCAACUGGACCAAGUAUCAUCAUGUCAGCACGAACGGCGACGACGACGAUACACAAUUCUUGCACAAAUACAUACAGUAUCCGCCCUCUUUCCUGGUAUUCUGUGCGCACUUCUUCAAGGUCGGCGUCGAGACAUCGCUUGCUGAAAUGUAUCGCACGCAGAUACAGAGACGGCUCGACCGCGUGUACAGCGAUCUAGGUCCCAACGAGCGGCCCUUCCUCGAACAACAGGCAAAUUACUUCGUCGACAUGCGAAAGCUCGGCGAGGCUAUUCUUGGUCAGUUCGCCGUGUACUGGGAUAUGCAGGCCAACCCAGGCCCUCAGACCCUUCAAGCACCGAGAUUUUCGCUUCGACCGGGACGGGGUAGGUACCCGGAGGGCCUCGCGACCGGCCCUGAGGAGUUGCAGUUCCGAGGAGGUCCCUGGGUUUCGGAUGACAAAGGCACUGUCGCGUGGUCUUAUAAUGUACACGUCGGCUUGUGGCCUCAAUUAACCACUAUUAUAUCGCAACUGUCACUGUGCGAUGACCCGAGCUUGUUCCCUUGGUGCUAUUUCCCACAGCCGCCUGCUCAGACCCAGGACAUGCUUCUCGCUCCUCCGCAGUCCACAAUGUCGACCGGCACCGCUCAGCUCAUGGAUCUGGAUGGUCCAGUAGGUCCUUUACCACCCCCUCGCAAUCCACUGGUGGCGCUGCCCCAGUCUCUUGACAUGCAGACUCUUGACCUGCAGAUUAUGCAGUCUCUUGACAUGCAGUCUCUUGACAUGCAGCAGCUACGUGGUAUAAACCCAGGGGCGGAUCUAACCCCUACGCCUGUAUCUCAAGCAUACUCAGAUGGUCAGGCUGCGAACGGAGCAUCAGCACCAGCAGCGGCAGUACCAGACGUAUACGAUUCCACGCCCUAUCCGCAGGAAUCCUUUGCGAACCUCCCCAAGACGUAUGGUGAACAUGUUCAAUUAGAAGACAUGGUAAGCCUUGACCUGAUGCUCCCCCUGGACCCCCUACCACCGCAGAUUACCGAGGACGUGAUGCCAUCGAACCACGAACACGGUGGUGAUCAGGUCGGCAGCGGUGAAGAUGACACUGGCUUUCUUAACGCAGCGGCUGUGCCAGACGUAUACAAGUCCAUGUCCGAUCCGCAAGAAUUCUUUGCGAACGGCCCCGAGCCGUAUGGUGAAUAUGUCCAAUUGGGAGACAUGGUAAACCUCGACAUGGUAGACCACGACAUGGUAGACCACGACAUGGUAAACCUCGACAUGGUAAACCUGGAUAUGGUAAACUUCGACAUGGUAGACCCCGACAUGGUAAACCUACCCCUGGACCCCCUACCACCGCAGAUCACCGAGCACGCAACGCCGGCGAUCCCCGAACACGGUGGCGACUGGGACGGCGGCGAUGAAGAUCACACAGACGUUAUUGACGCAGCGCACAGUGUACUCGAUGAGAUAGGCUGGUGA